AUGAAACUGUUAUUGUUGCUAUUGUUUCUGUACGCGGUAACAGCGAAAAGAGUGGAGCUUGAUUGGAAUUUAAAGUACAAAAAUGUCAAUGCCGAUGGACUUUUUGAACGUAGAGUCAUCAGUAUCAAUGAUCAAUGGCCCCCGUUGCCGGUGGAGUUAAACGUCAAUGAUAUCUUGGUCAUCCAUCUUCAAAAUAAUCUGAAUGAAGUCACCGUGAUUCAUGCACACGGUAUCAACCAAAAUAACGGAACAAAUCAUAUGGACGGUGCAGGCAUGGUCACCCAGUGUCCAAUUCCCGCUAACCAUAAUUUCACUUACGAAUUUCCUGUCACACAAGCAGGCACCUUUUGGAUACACAGCCAUUAUAAGGUUCAGUACAUGGAUGGUUUGCGUGUUCCACUCGUCGUACGGGAUAUCCAUGAACCCUUCCAUUGGGACGAGGACCAAAUUAUCUCUCUCUCUGACUGGUAUCACCAAGAUUCAUACACCAAUUUGGAACAGUACAUGAACCAUGAUAACAUUGAAGGUGUUGAGCCCAUUCCUCAAUCUGGCUUAAUUAACGAUCAUGUCAAUUCAACAAUUUCCUUCAAGCCCAAUAAGACCUAUCGUCUUCGAUUCGUCAAUAUGGCUGGUAUCGCCACAUUUAAUGUCUACUUGGACGGUCAUGAUAUGCAAGUCAUUGAAGUAGACGGUAUCCCUACACAACCUACACGCACAGGGCUUAUUUAUUUAGCUGCAGGUCAACGUGUCUCUGUCCUUGUAAAGACCAAAUCCACUACAGACUUGAACUAUAUCUUGCAUGCCAACAUGAAUCCUGCCAUGUUUGACUAUAUCCCAGACGGACUCAAAUUAAGCAACGACGCCAAUAUUUUCCCGUUAAAAGCAUCACCCCCUCUCGUUGCAGACAGACAAAUCAAUAUGACGGUGGAUUUUAUGGAGAAUACCGAUGGAUUAAACCAUGGUGUGAUUAACGAUAUUCCUUAUCUUUCACCCUUGGUCCCCAGUUUAAACACUUUAAUGACUAUUGAGGAAAAUCUAGUGAAUGAUACGCGUGUUUAUGGUCCUCAAAGUCAAACGAUUAUCGCCGAUUUGGAUCAAGUGCUUGAAAUUGUCAUUAAUAAUCUGGAUGAUGGACCCCACCCGUUCCAUUUACACGGUCAUUCGUUUCAAGUGAUUGCACGCGGUGACGGCGUCUACUCGAAAGAUACGGUGAUUGUAGAACCAAUCAAUCCAACGGUUCGAGAUACCAUUGUCGUCACUCCCGAAGGCUAUGUCGUGCUUCGUUUCAGAGCCAAUAACCCUGGCGUCUGGUUUUUCCAUUGUCACGUCGAUUGGCAUUUACCUGCAGGUUUAGCAGCCACCUUUAUCACCGCACCCAAAUUGGCCCGUCAACAAUUCGAGGCCUUGCCUGAUAUCAUGUAUGACAUCUGUACUUUAUCCGGAUUACCAGCCAAAGGCAACGCUGCCGGUAAAAAGGGCUUAGAUUUAGAGGGCGCACCCGAUGGUGUUCGUCCUAUUAAAAAUCCUUUGAUUUUGGGUUGUAUUAUUGCAACAUUAGUAGGUAUUAGUACGAUUAUUUGGCAUGUCUGGGUAGACCCUACUUCUUCUCAGCACGAAGAAGAAGAUGAGGAUCAAAAACGUUUAUUAGAAUAA